AUGGAGAAUGAAGAUAAAACAGAUCAGUCAACUUCUAAGACAAAAGGUACUUCGCAAAUCAAGUUGUACCACAAGAACGAAUCAGCAUCUGAAGGCUCAGCCUUAGUGAAGAAAGAGACCUGUAACUAUUUCCAUUGCCCUUUCUCCGGCGCUGUUCGCGUCCUCCACAAAGAAGAUAGCGACAGCCCUUCAAGACCCUCCUUGUACGACGACAUAUCUGACGUCAUGGAUGAUAGCCUCGACGACUCCGAGCUCGACGACGUCAUGCCGCAAGUGGCUGAAGCCAAGGUCCAGCCCUCCAACCGAGACGACACGGCCUCCUCUUGCUCCGACUCAGACCAGGCGGGCACAACAAGCAUGGAGAAAGACUCCUCUGCCGACCUCGAAACCAAGCCAGACCCACAGGCUUCGCGGGCCUCCCCCCGCGAGAAGUCCGUCACAGUACACUCGCGCAGGCUCACCUCGUCCUCCGUGCAGCCUGUACAGAUCACUGCCGAGCUCUUGGCAGAGCACUUCCACGAGAGCCUCGAGGUGGCGGCGAGCAAGAUUGGCAUCGGCAAGUCGACGAUGAAGAUCGUAUGCCGGCGGCUGGGGAUCGAGAAGUGGCCGUACGUGCACACGGGGUCAAGGCGGCGGAGGGGGAGGGCGGGGCAGGAGAAAGCGAAGAAGGGGGAGAGCGAAGGAGAGGUAGGUGGCGUGAAGAAAAAUGAGCAGGGAAAAGGUCUGUAA